AUGAAACGCUUUUUCAAUCGCUUCUAUCUUGACACUGGCAUUAUUGCUGACCCCAGUCAACGUAGUCUUGCUAGUCGAGUAAGCGCUUUGCUGGUGCAGGGAGCUGUGGCCUUUUCGUUGCUUGGCACGAUCGGUGUUGAUACCUCGCCUCUUAUCGCUGCUGCGGGUGUAACAGGGGCCACAAUUGGAUUUGCUUGCAAGGACUUUGGUACCAACUUUGUCGCGAGCAUUGUGCUGAGCGGUCAACAGUCACUUCGAACAGGGAAUCAGGUUUGCAUUGGGACUGGCCUUAAUGUCGUCAAAGGGAAGGUGGUGGACUGGGACACGCGGUAUUUGUACCUGCGCAGCUCGGAGGGCCACCUGCUGCAUGUCCCCAACAACAUGGUCCUCAACUCCGUAGUGACAUGGGAACAAGAAAAGAAGCAGAGCCUACAUGAAACGGAUCCCCCCAAACAAGACGUUGUCAAGGCAACUGGAGACAACGCGGCCAAGCAGUGA